CAUAAGAACGUUAGGAGUCUGCAAGAGGGGCUUAACCCCGCCUGGAUCAGUGGGUGUUAGAUUUUACCUGCAGGGUGAUCUGAUACACCUCCCUGACCGCCCCAAGAGAUGAGCUGAGGACACGCGAAGGGGAGGAAGGACAUGUGGAGAGGGUGCAGUGCAUGGGCGUGGGCGUGGGUGUGGGUGGGCGCAGGGCUGCCGUACCUCAUCCUCACUCACAGCACCUCUUCCGACCCCCACCUCAACCCCGGGAAGGCUGCGGCUCUACUCACCUCUCUCCGGCAGCAGGAUGGGCCGCAGGAGCUAAGCAACCACCUGGCUCUCGAGGUGCUGGGCGGGGAGGAGGCUGCCAGGACCAUUGCUCAAAAAUAUGGACUCCACUACAUACGGCAGGUAUUCAGCGACCCACCUGUGUACCACCUGCACAACCCACUCAACAGCACCUACCAUCAACACCACCACCACCACCGGGGACGCCGCUCCAACCCUGACAUGGUGGAGCUUCUGGCCGGUGAACCAGGAGUCCAGUGGGUGUACCAACAAGAGGCGCUCCUCAGGGACAAGCGACACCAAGUUCCUGGAGACGGACCCGCCAGGCACCGACACCGACCAGGCACGCAUGAGGCGCCUCCAAGAACAAGCUCGGGCAGGUCAUCGGAGCACACUUACGAGAACAUGAAGAGGUGGAUGAAGGAGGAGGAACUUGGGCUAUCAAAAUUUAAUAACAUCCCCAGCAGCAAGAAAACUAACGCAAAGAAAACAUCGAAGCGGAGUGAUGUCUUACGCUUAAAGGAUGAUCAGUCUGGCUCUCCGGAAUUCAACGACCCAUUCUUCAAGGACCAGUGGUAUUUGCUCAACACGGGUCAGCUGGGUCGGCCUGGCUGUGACCUCAACGUGACGGGGGCGUGGCGGCAGGGGUACACGGGGCAAGGCUUGACCCUUUCGAUCCUGGACGAUGGCUUCCAGACUACCAACGCUGACCUCGCCGAUAACUAUGACCCCUCAAUAAGCUACUCCUUGGUUCGCGAUGGCCAGCCCGAGGACGACCCCUCCCCGCGUCUCGACCCACCGGUGUUCAGCAACUCCCACGGCACCUACUGCGCGGGCGUGGCGGCGGCGGUGGCGAACAACGGGGUCUGUGGCGUGGGCGUGGCGUACAAGGCCAGGGUGGGAGGUGUGCGCAUCGUGGACGGCACUGUGACGGACGUGCAGGAGGCCACGGCGCUGUCCCGGCACGUGGACAAGGUGGCGGUGUUCAGCGCCUCGUGGGGGCCGAGUGACGACGGGAUGCACAUCGAGGGCCCCGGAAGGCUGGCGAGCAUGGCACUGCAUCUGGGCGUGGCGGGGGGCCGCGGGGGUCUGGGCACCAUCUACGUGUGGGCCUCGGGGAACGGCGGUCUGCUGGGCGACAACUGUAACCUGGACGGGUACGCCUCGUCCAUCUACACCCUCACCGUCACGGCGCUCACCGACCUCGGCGCCUCCACCUUCUAUGGCGAGCGCUGCGCCUCCGUCAUGGCGGGCGUGUUCGUGGGGGGACGACACACCCUCCAGAUGUCCCUGCUGGACGUCAGCAAGACCACGAUGAGGGUGGUGGUGCCGGAGCUGGACGGCCACUGCAGCCAAAAGUUCCAGGGCUCCUCCGCGGCGGCGCCCCUCAUGGCGGGCGUCGUGGCGCUCACCCUACAGGCCAACCCGCGUCUGGGGUGGCGGGACGUGCAGCACCUGGUGGUGGAGACGGCGGAGCCCACAGCGACGGCCCUGACGGAGGACGGCUGGCACACCAACGCGCGGGGCAAGAAGUUCCAUCUGAUGCAGGGCUUUGGGGCCGUCGACGCAGGAAGGAUGGUGGAGGCGGCGACCACCUGGCGCAACGUGGGGCCGCAGAAAACCGAGCACCUGCCCGUGUUUGAGGGAGAAAGAAACAUAGCACGUCACGCCUGGGUGAACGUGAGCCACGAGCUGCCGGGGUCGUCCCCCCUGAGUGCCGUGGAACACGUGGUGGCCACCGUCACCCUGAGGCACCACCAGCGAUGCCUCCUCGAGAUCUACAUCGUGUCCCCGGCAGGCACCGAGUCUCAGGUCCUGACGCACCGGCCUCACGACAACCACACGACGGGGCUGCACGAGUGGGGCUUCAUGUCCGUGCACCUGUGGGGGGAGCGGCCGACGGGGGCGUGGCGCGUGGCCUUCCGGAGCGACUCGGCGGAACAGGGGUGGCUGAAGAAGGUUGAUUUGACGGUGUAUGGCUACUGAGUGUCUCUCUCUCUCUCUCUCUCUCUCUCUCUCUCUCUCUCAUGGAUGCCAAAAAACUAUUUCUAACUUAUGGUUAUGAUUUAGCUCUAUUUUCAUCAUCUAAAUUCUUAAUACUCUAAACUUUGAUCUAUUUAACUCUCCUAAUCCUCUGACAAAGAACAAAUUAGCUCUAUUAUCAUUACUUAAUGUUCUAAUACUCUCAAUUUUGAUCUAUUUAAUAAGUUUGAUCCUCUAACAAGAAAAAAAAUACUAUAUACUAUCAUGUGUGCAAUAAAUAGGCUAGGCCGCUAGAGGGAUUCCAUCGAUGACAAAAUAAAGAUGUGGAAAUGUU